AUCUAUGACGCGCCAUGGGGAGAAAUUCAAAUCCGAAUUUUGGCGGGCAAUCUGCACUGCAUCCUUGCCAUGAGCAAGACGACAGCAGACAGAGAGGAAUGCCCUAUUUGUAAGACGAGAUACAGUACGAACAGUAUUCGGACGAUCCCUCAACACUGCAUCAAAGCUUGUUCACGUUGUCGACGGGCUUUCAAAGACAUCGACUUGAAAACUGUACAGGAUUAUGCAGUGUUCACUGACGCAUUGGUGCUGAAAUUGUUACAUUUUCUGCAAAACAUCGGGCACGCAACAAUGCAGAGGGCUUCAAAAAUUGUUUCCUUCAUUACUUCACCUCGUUUCAACAAGGAGCAGAUGCCAAAAUGCAUCAUGAUCAAUUCCAGCUGCACAUAGACGCGCAAAAGCUUCGAAGUCAAGUAAAGAAUCA